CGCGUGUAACAUAUAAACCAAACAUUGUAUUUGUAUAUCUGAUAUUGAGUACUUUAGAUAAGAUCACAGGCCAUAAGAUAACCACGCAAUUAUUAAAUAAUAUAAUCAAUUUACAUUAACAUGUUGCUAUUAAAUUAACAAUGAGUUUUGUGCUUGAAUGUUUAAUAGCAGUAGCUAUAAUAGCGAUUUUGUGGUGGUACAUUAAUGUUACUUCUAUUAGAAAUAAAUUAUCAUGGGUUUUCAAAAUACCCGGGGUGCCAUUGUUGGGAAAUGGACUUCAGUUUGUUGGAAGCAACACAGAACACUUCAAUACGAUGUUUAAAUUAUUAAAAAUGAGCAAUGAAAUUAAAUCUGUGCGCUUGGAUUUUAUACAUAAAACUGCCAUAUUAACUGCUGAUCCCAAGUUAAUAGAAUUUACAUUAAGUUCUAAUUCUUUAAAAAUUUUGAAUAAAGGGGAAGUUUAUAGAUUUAUAACACCUUGGUUAGGUACAGGAUUACUGACGUCUGAUGGUAAAAAAUGGAAACCUAGAAGAAAAAUCAUUACACCAACUUUUCAUUUUAAGAUUCUGGAACAAUUUGUGGAUGUAUUUGAAUCAAAGGGAAAAAUAUUCAUAGAUGAAUUAAGCAAGGAAACUAAAAAUAAUGGUUUCGAUGUAUACCCGUAUGUUACCAUGUGUACAUUGGAUAUAAUUUGUGAAAGCGCCAUGGGUGUAUCCAUAAAUGCCCAAAAACAAAAGCACUCUGACUAUGUUACAAGUGUUAAAAAUAUGUGUAGAAUUGUAGUAGAAAGAUCAUUUUCUCCUUUCCAAAUGUUUGAUGCAUUGUUUUAUUUUACAAACAAUUAUAAAACACAGAAAGAAAGUUUAAGUAUUUUACAUACUUAUACAAAUAACGUUAUCAAGCAAAAAAGAAAGGAGCUUGAAGCUUCUGAUAAAAAGUUCAUUGAUAUUGAGGAUGAUUUUGGUGUUAAAAAGAAAAUGGCAUUUUUGGAUUGGUUAUUGCAAACCACCAUAGACAAUAAACCCUUAUCUGAUAAGGAUAUUAGAGAAGAAGUAGACACCUUUAUGUUUGAGGGCCAUGAUACAACAGCUUCGGCCAUUUCAUUUGCAAUGUACUUAUUAGCAAAUAAUCCUAAAGAACAGGCAAAAGUAUACGAAGAAGCUAAAUCAAUGUUUGGUGACGAUAAAGAGAAAUCAGCUACCUUUAAAGAUCUUCAAGAGAUGAAAUAUUUGGAAAAUGUUAUCAAGGAAACUUUACGAUUAUAUCCUUCAGUGCCCAUUUAUUCUAGAUGUCUAACUGAUGAUAUUGAAUACCAGGAGGGUAAAAUUAUUCCUAAAGGUACGCAACUAGGAAUAUUUGCAUUUGGAGUUGGUAGAGAUAAGGAUUACUACAAAGAUCCAGAAAAGUUCAUGCCAUCCAGGUUUGACAGUAUGGAUGGAAAAACACCUUUUUCAUACAUACCGUUUAGUGCUGGGCCUAGAAAUUGCAUAGGUCAAAAAUUUGCCAUGUUGGAAAUGAAAAGCACUCUUUCCAAAUUAAUAAGAAACUAUGAACUUCUGCCAAGUGUACCUGAACACAAACUUAUUUUAGUUCCUGAGACGGUUUUAAAAUCUAAAAAUGGUAUUAAAAUUAGAAUACAAAAUCGAAAAUAAAUAAAAACAUUACAUUUA